AUGUCGGAGGAAAAAAUAUUUAUUGAGAAAUUUGGCAAGAAGUACUACUGUCUUCGUCAAAGAAAUACCAUUCCAUGCCAAUCCCCCAAAAAGAAAACAAGCGACUCUUUGAACGGCAUUAAUAAUUGCACUAGAAAAAAAAGGACAUUAAAAAAAGAUAGAAUUGUGAACCCCAAUCAGUUGGAAUUUGAAGAGAAUGGACUUUACAAAUCUGUAGACAUAUUGGAGAACAUUGUGUCUUUUAAGCUAUCUAACAUUAAACAAUUCAAACCACCAGCUAACAAAAAAGCAUACUUCGAUACAAGAUUACACGAGUUUAUAAGAAUCAAUGAACUGGCCGUUGGUAUUUUAGACGAAAUACAAUAUUCUACCGAUGUGAUAAAUGAUUUAAAAACGGUACAAAUCAUAUUUAAUCAUAAUCUCUCACAACUUCAAUGCAUUGAGGAUGAACAAAAAUAUAUAUUGGAAAGGAUGAAUAAAAUAAAAUUGAGUUGUAUGGAUAAAUUUUUAAGAUUCGUAUCAUGUCCUUGUUGUUCGUAA